UAGAUAUAUACUGACGAUUGGCGUGCUUGGUUUAAAUUCAUUAUAACUUUAAUAGCGAUAUGGGUAAGAUAAUGGAAAGUUGCGACGACCUUGCCGGUGCUUCGAUUGGUUCGUGUCUGGUGGGCUGAUGGCCAAUGUGUUGCUGAAUUGCUCUUUACAGAGUUGACCGGCUGACAUCUUUAACUUGACGGUCAUUAGAUAGUGACUUGUAAACCACUGCCACUUGUUGCUCCGGAGAAGAGUUAUCAAAAUCUUGUCAUUCAGUUUCGACCUGCGGAAUAAUUUACAUCAUGACAGAACCUGUAGCAGAUAUUGCCUUGAUCGGCCUCGCUGUGAUGGGACAGAACUUGAUCUUAAAUAUGAAUGAUCAUGGAUUCAUUGUAUGCGCCUACAACCGCACAACAGACAAAGUCAAAUCGUUUUUAGAAAAUGAAGCCAAAGGCACAAAAGUCCUUGGUGCUUUCAGCUUGGAAGAGAUGGUUCAAAAGCUAAAAUUGCCACGUCGUGUCAUGUUAUUAGUAAAAGCUGGCCCCGCUGUGGAUGCUUUCAUUGAGAAGUUAGUACCACUCUUGUCAUCUGGAGAUAUCAUUAUUGACGGAGGUAAUUCUGAGUACCAAGACACUCAGAGGCGUACUGAAGAACUUGAGAAAAAGGGGCUUCUUUUUGUUGGUAGUGGUGUUAGUGGAGGAGAGGAUGGUGCCAGAUAUGGUCCAUCACUUAUGCCAGGGGGUAACCCUAAAGCUUGGCCUCACAUCAAGCCUAUUUUUCAGGCAAUUUGUGCUAAGUCUAAUGGAGAGCCUUGCUGUGAUUGGGUAGGAGAAACCGGUGCUGGACACUUUGUAAAAAUGGUUCACAAUGGAAUUGAGUAUGGCGAUAUGCAGUUGAUUAGUGAAGCAUAUCAUAUCAUGAGAAACGGACUGGGGCUUAAUCCACAAGAAAUGAGUGAUGUUUUUGGUCAAUGGAAUAAGGGGGUGCUUGACUCCUUCCUGAUUGAAAUCACCAGAGAUAUUUUGAAGUAUAAAGACGAAAAAGGAUACCUUUUAGAAAGGAUCAGAGAUACGGCUGGACAGAAGGGUACGGGAAAAUGGACAGCCAUCGCUGCUCUGGAUUAUGGCAUCCCCGUUACUCUAAUCGGAGAAUCUGUAUUCUCGAGGUGCCUUUCCUCUUUACAAAGUGAAAGAAUAGAAGCCAGCUCUGUCUUGGAAGGACCGAACAGUCUUUAUCAAGGUGAUAAAAAACAAUUCAUAGAACAUCUUGGAAAAGCACUCUACGCAUCAAAAAUCAUCUCAUAUGCCCAAGGGUUUAUGCUUCUAAGAGAAGCUGCUAAAGUCCAUAAUUGGAACCUCAAUUAUGGGGGUAUCGCUCUCAUGUGGAGAGGUGGAUGCAUUAUUAGAAGCGCUUUCUUGGGUAAUAUUAAACAGGCUUUCGAUAAAAAUCCAAAGUUGACGAAUCUGUUACUUGACGAAUUUUUCGCUAACGCAAUGAAAGAAUGUCAAGCCAGUGCUAGGGUGGUUGUUGCAACAGCCGUCACCCUCGGGAUACCAACACCAGCUCUCUCUACUGCCUUAGCAUUCUAUGAUGGAUAUAGAACCGCACGUCUCCCGGCAAAUUUGCUGCAGGCCCAGCGGGAUUAUUUCGGUGCUCACACGUAUGAGUUACUUGGUGCAGAAGGGAAAUUUGUGCACACUAACUGGACAGGUCAUGGAGGGAAUGUAUCCGCAUCCACCUAUGACGCGUAGAUAACGUUGUUUUGAAGUAAACAAAAACUACCCUAUUAUAGAUUCUUGGUUAGCAUCUAUGUCAUUUCGGGGUAGUUUUUGUCCCGAUUUCAACGGAGUCAUUUGCUGUUAAAAAGUGGUAUUUUUGUAAGUAAACUCUAAACUUCAACUGUGUUGAAACAAAUUAAUUGUACUAAGGAUCAAAUGAUUAUACUGACUACUUAAUACAUGUGUAUAGGAUGUUAUAAUUAAAUUUCAGUAGUCAGAGUAACAAAUUAUUGACAUAGAUAUAUUUACAGCAUCGUUUAUUUAUUACUUUUGACGGGUCUAGCAUUCCAAAACCAUUCUGUCAUAGACAUGUACAUUUUGGAAUGUCAUUUAAAUUAUAUCUUGUGAUGACAAAAUAAAGCAAAUCAUAAAAAGUAA